AUGGCCUUUUUUCAGCUUGGGCUACGCCGGGCAGCCAUUCAGCUGUCCAGGCCAUCCGUCUUUUGCACCAGAGCUACCUUCAAUGUCUCUCAGCAACAGAACAUCACCAAGCUUGCGACUUCUGCUUCAUCCAUCUUGAAGCUCGUGAGCCAGGCUCGUCAGACCCAAUCCCGGAACUAUGCCACCCAGAAACUCGAAGAAUCUCCCCUCAGCAAGCUCGCCUCCGAUAUUGCUAAGCCCGUCCCGUCCUCGUCCUCGUCCUCUGAUAAGUCUGAGAAAAAGUCCAGCUUCCCGGAAACCAGCUCGAAAUCUGUCGCCUACUGGCUCCUCGCCAGCGCUGCUUCUGUCUUUGGUAUCGUCGUCUUUGGUGGUCUGACCCGCUUGACCGAGUCUGGCCUGAGUAUCACGGAAUGGAGACCCGUCACUGGUUCCCUCUGGCCUGGCUCCCAGGAGGAGUGGGAGUCCGAGUUUGAAAAGUACCGCGCCUCUCCCGAGUUCAAGAUGCUCAACUCGAGCAUGACCCUCCCCGAGUUCAAGCAGAUCUACUUCAUGGAGUGGACUCAUCGUCUCUGGGGCCGCUUCAUCGGCAUGUCCUUCGUCCUCCCCACCAUCUACUUCAUUGCUCGUCGCCGCGUCACCCCUCGCAUGGCUUGCACUCUUGUUGGCAUCUCGGCUCUCAUCGGCUUCCAGGGCUUCAUUGGCUGGUGGAUGGUCAAGUCCGGUCUCAAGGAUGACCUCUUUGCUCCCGGCUCCCACCCCCGUGUCAGCCAGUACCGUCUCGCCGCCCAUCUUGCUACCGCUUUCGUCUGCUACUCCUGGAUGCUUCUUGCCGGUCUCAGCAUUCUCCGCACUCACAAGGCCAUCAAGUUCCCCGAGCAGGCCGUCAAGAACUUCACUGCUCUCCAGUCGCCUGCCCUUAGAGUCCUCCGCGGUUCCGUUGCUGCCCUCACCGUGCUCAUCUUCACCACUGUUCUCUCGGGCGCCCUCGUUGCUGGUCUCGACGCCGGUCUCAUUUACAACGACUUUGACCACCGUAUCCCUGGGCCACUCUCCACCUUCACUGCCGUCUGCGCUCUGGUUGCCUACAGCCGCUCUGGCAAGGUCAAGGCCGUCCUUCCCCCUGCUGCGAAAAAGGGAAUCACCGGCCUCCUCCAUCUCGUUUCUCUGCAGGUUGCUCUCGGCAUCAGCACCCUCAUCUACAUGGUUCCCAUUCCCCUGGCCGCUGCCCACCAGGCUGGUGCUCUUGCCUUGUUGACCGGAGUUCUCGUUGCUGGUCAGCGCCUUCGUAUCCCCAAGGCUACCUUGGCUAUGGUCCAGAGAAGACUGGCUCAGCUGGCUCAGCAGGCCAAGACCCAAGGCCCCAAAUAA